AAUAGUAACUCAACACCAGCAUAGUUUAUCCCAACCUGAUAUUGAUCCACCAGCAAUCCCUGCACGACCUCUAAGUUCAACCUUUUCUCAAAUCAAUGUAGCUGACUUUAAAGAAACUCUAUCAAGUCCACAUAGUACAAAUACUGUCCGUUCUGAUGACGCUAACAACAAUACUGA